AAUUAUUCUCUUAUUCCUUUUGCGGACGGUUAUUAUUUGUGCCUUUUUGUUUAAUAAAUUUGCUAAAAGCUUAAUUUCCUAUACUUUUCUGAUUACAUAACUCGAACAAACGACACCGUUUGCUACUCAAUCGUCUUCAAGUUUCAAUUUUCCUCACAGAAAUUUGAGUUAGUUCUGUAAUGGCGGAGAAGCCCCAACCAGUAGAGGUUCUAUAUUGUGGAGUUUGCGGGUUACCCGCUGAGUACUGUGAAUUCGGAUCCGAAUUUGAGAAAUGCAAACCCUGGUUGAUCCAAAAUGCACCCGAUCUCUAUCCGGAUCUCCUUAAAGACGCAAAUGGAAAAGAUGCUGAUAAAGUCUCUGAUCAACUCCAGUCGACUUCAAUCUCAGAAGGUUCUUCAACAUCCAAGCAAGAAGAAGUCAAGCGUCUUCCUGGUGGAAAGAUAAAAAAGAAAGUAAGAAGUUCCAACCAUUUUUCUUUUUGUCUAAUGUAUAUUAAUCCCUCUUCAAAAAAUGGUAUGGCUCUAUGCCAUCCAUGUGAUAUUAUAAGCACUGAGCAAAUUCAGUUCAGUGAUGCUCUUGUAAUCCUUUGAGUUCCUGUGCCCGUAAAACUUUUCAUUGUUGCUCCAUGUAAGCUAACCUCUUUAGGUUUUAGUUUGAGCAACAUAUAAUGAUAUUGGACCAGUCUAACUAAAUUUCACCUUUUCUCAUUGCGCUAUUUAGUUGCAAAGCUUGCUUUAAUCCUCUAUUUUCAAAUUUGGAUGGAUGUUACUGCCUCUAACCCAUUUUGUGUGACAGAAUUUUCUAUUUAACUGUCAUUUUUCUCUUUGAAAACUAUUUAAUCUUAACAUCCCCAUCUUACCCUUGAUGCCAUGGCUUGUUAGGACUAUCUUGAUGUAGAACUUCAUCUUUACAAGGACAGAACAAAUGAAAAGACACGUGGAACUCUCACCAUCACUCUUUUUUUUUUAUUUUGAGAAAUUUUUAGCUUACAUGUCAAAAGUCUCCUUUAAUUUCUUAAACUCCAUGCCCAGUCAAACACCUUACAUAAAAUGGGACAAAAGGAGUAUUUCACCUAGUUGAACUUGCUUGAAGCUGUAAUGUUUCGGAAAGGGUUUUCCCUGCAAUACGAAUAUGCAAGCUUGCUUAGUAGUUUCUCCUUGGCAAAAGAGGCAGUAAACAGAAACUACAAAAAUAAAAAAGCGUAAUCCAUUAAUUUUGCCAGCUAGCCUUCUCAAAAAGACAGAAGAAGGUAAUUUUACCAACCAGGGGAAAAAAUCAUUGGAUUGGUCCUAACUUCUAACUUGCAAUGUCUUUUGUCUUUGAGAAUUUUACAUUGUUGCAUUAAUCAAUUUCAGUUGAAGGUCCUAUGUUUAGUAUCUUAUUGCAUUGAUGAAUCUCAAAUGCCUGAUGUGAAAUGAUUGAAAUAAUUAGACUAACUCUUUUAAUCUCCUUUGUUCUGCAAAUCACGGGUUUGCUCCUUUGGACCAAUGUAAUUAAAUCUGACCUAGACGAAUCUGGGAGGUUGUCGUAUGGCCUGUUUUCUGCAACCCUUUCUGUUAAGAUGCUUGCAGUUCAUAUCUGGUUUCAGGAUUGUGGACACAAUAUAGAUAUUGCAAAGAAAAUUGCUUUGUGAGGCUGUGGAGGAAAUAAAGGUUUCUUAUUGUGGAAAAAAAGCAAAUGGUCCAUGACCUUGAGAAUGAUCAUCCUUCAUAGGAUGUCUAUUUGGAGGAACUCUAUAAAAUGGUUCUUCAAAGAAAAUUCUAUGUCAGACACUUUAGAACAACUAGGGAAACUCACUAAAAUGUAUUUGGAAAGUUGUCUAGUGAAUUUGGUUGAAAUGACUCCAUCUUAUUGGGUUAAACUGAGCAUGAAACUCCCAGGUCAUUUAGCAGGAACUAGUUUCCAUUCUGGCAUGGCAAAACAGCGAGUGAGGCAUGUCUACUAGCACAUUUCAACUACCAAUUGUUCCUUUAUGUUAUUAGCUAUUAUACAAAUCUGGUGCAUUCUUCUUCUCUUUCCCUCUCUCUCCGUCAGGAGAUCCGGCCUAGCAAUGACAACUGAAACUAUCACCUUGCCUAAUGCUAACCUUAGUCCUCACUAUAUUUGAGAAACUUCCUAUGAAAUGUCUGAUUCUCUCAUUUUCAGGCAAUAUGGAGUUUUAUUCAUUGGUUCAGCU